AUGAUUCUGGGGCAAACGCACAUUAAUAUAAUGCACAAGAGCGAAUCUCUCCACUCGCAUGCGGAUUUCCUUUGCUCUCACACAAAACCAAACCGGACACGCAACCCACGACACAAGCUGUUCUCACCCAGAGAGAAGCCACCUAAACCUCGUCUGAAGUUUGAGAAAAAACCAUCACAGAUAUUCAGAGGAGAUACUGUCAAACUCGAAUGUGACAAUGAGGGGGGUAAUUGGAAAUACACAUUGCAGUGUGGAGAUAAACAGCACAACUCUAAAGAUUUUGAUUUCUUGAUCACUGUGGAGCUCACACAGUCCUGCAAGUGUAAAGCCUGCAGAGGAUCAUUCUGCUCUGAAUGGAGUAAUGCUGUGAAUCUGACUGUUUCAGAUCCCAUUGUAACUGUAAAGCCCCAGAGUUCAGUGUUCACUGGAGACACAGUUACUCUGAUCUGUGAUGUGGGAUGGUCAACUGCACGGACAAUUUACUGGUUCAAAGACUUUAAGAGAAUAAAAGCUGUUUCUGCAACAGUAACACUGAGAGAAGUGAGAGUCUCUGAUGGAGGAAGAUAUUCGUGUGCUGUACAAAAUAAAACCACACAAAGCCAAGGAGUCGAGCUAACAGUAAGAGAGAGACCGAAGCCUGUAGUGCGUGUCCAGCCUGAUGGACGUGUGUCCAGAGGACAGACAGUCACUCUCUCGUGUGACAUACAGCAGACAGACGUCAUCAACUGGAGCUACAGCUGGAAUAAAGAUGAUUCAGAGAUUCAUGUCAGUCAGUCUCAGGAAUACCGAAUCAGUUCUGUUAAUGAAUCUCACACAGGUGAUUACAGCUGCACUGGAAGAGAAACAGGAGGAUCACGAUACUCACACACCAGUGAUAAAGUUACACUCACUGUAUCAGGUUCUGAAGCCCCAUUGCUGCUUCUCUCAGCUCUCAAACUGCUCAGUUUUCUGCUGGCAGCUUCUCUAUAUCUGCUAGUGUCCAUCAUUCUGGGAGUCAAGUGCUACAGAGCUCAUGCUGAAUCAAAUGAGAUCAAUCAAUAUACUGUUACAGAGGAGAGAGUCUCUUCUUGUCAUGUGUUUGCACAGGAAGUGUUGAGUCUAUUACACAUGCUUAUUUCAAACAUCCACACUGGAAACACUCAAGGGAAACCUAAGGCUGCAGUGAUUUUAGAGCAUGAACCCCUCACUGUCAGAUGUGAAAUACCAGGACCUGAAGAUGACUGGACAUACAGCUGGUUUAUAGAGGGGUCAUCUCAUCCCUUCAGCUCUGACAGAGAACUGAGCAUCAGAACUGGUGUAUCUGACACUAGCAGUAACGUCACAUGUAGAGGAGAGAGGAGAAGUGAUGGACAGAAGUCAGAGAUCAGUGAUGCUGUUACACUGACUAUAUCACACGAUCCCAUUGUAACUGUAAAGCCCCAGAGUUCAGUGUUCACUGGAGACACAGUUACUCUGAUCUGUGAUGUGAGACGGUCAACUGCACGGACAACUUACUGGUUCAAAGACUUUAAGAGAAUAAAAGCUGAUUCUGAAACAGAAACACUGAGAGAAGUGAGAGUCUCUGAUGGAGGUAGAUAUUCGUGUACUGUACAAAAUAAAACCACACAAAGCCAAGGAGUCAUGCUAACAGUAAGAGAGAGACCCAAGCCUGUAGUGCGUGUCCAGCCUGAUGGACGUGUGUCCAGAGGACAGACAGUCACUCUCUCGUGUGACAUACAGCAGACAGACGUCAUCAACUGGAGCUACAGCUGGAAUAAAGAUGAUUCAGAGAUUCAUGUCAGUCAGUCUCAGGAAUACCGAAUCAGUUCUGUUAAUGAAUCUCACACAGGUAAUUACAGCUGCACUGGAAGAGAAACAGGAGGAUCACGAUACUCACACACCAGUGAUAAAGUUACACUCACUGUAUCAGGUUCUGAAGCCCCAUUGCUGCUUCUCUCAGCUCUCAAACUGCUCAGUUUUCUGCUGGCAGCUUCUCUAUAUCUGCUAGUGUCCAUCAUUCUGGGAGUCAAGUGCUACAGAGCUCAUGAUGAAUCAAAUGAGGUCAAUCAAUAUACUGUUACAAAGGAUUGAAAGUCUGCAAUCCUGAUGAUUAAAAAACAAAGUUUUUCUCUUUUUCAACAUUAUUUAGUUAAAUUUAGCUUAUAAUUUUUUCUGAAUUAGACAAAAUACAUGCUAAAAAUACAUGCAGGUGUGUGUGUGUGCACUACUGUGUGUGCAAGUAUGGGUCACCACUUGGCCACAUGCACUUCGCUUCACUUUCUCUUUCUUUCUUUCUUUCUUUCUUUCUUUCUUUCUCAAAUGAUCUAUAAACUACUGCAGCUCCGUUUGAGUAAUUUCUUGGCUUUUUCUUCUGUUUUUCAAUAUGCUGAGGCAAAGGUAUAUCUUCAUUACUGUUAUUUAGGGCUGGUUUGAAUCGGUUUAUUGUAAAAAGUGCUUAACACCUUUUGCUGUGUUCGAAAUGGCAUACUAUUAUACUACUUGUACAAUGUACAAUUACCAUGUAUAAUGGUUACAGUAUGCAAACUUUCUGUAUGCAUGGAAUUCCUGGAUGAUCUACUCUAUUUGCCAGAAUAUGUUAAAUAAAACUCAAGUACACUGAAAUCAGUACAGAAGCUGUGAAAUAAUAUAAUACCAUUUAAAUACUGUUGCAUUAUGCAAUGUGUAUAGUAUGUGAAAUGUUUGUAUUCAAGGAAUUGGCAGAUUACCUGCUACAUUUGCGGAAAUCUGAUCUUUGCAACUCAAGACAAUGCAUAGGAUAUUAUUUUUCCUACAAUGCAAUGCGCUCCAUGUGAUGUUUAUAAUCUUUAAGCACAUGAGUGAACUGAAUUGUAUGUCAAGUCUCCCGAGGCAGCAAUAAUCUUUUGUAGAUCCUUUAUUAAUGUAACAAAUUUAUGUUUUGUUGAUGGCAGAGAUACAGAGAGCAAUUAGCCACUAUCAUGAUGAAUAACAUUUUUUUUUUUUUUUUUGAUUUAUUAUAUCAAGAAAGCCUUACAGUAAACAUUAAAAAAAAAAGGCAUCAGAUACAAUCGAGGAUAAAAACACAAUAAAGUCCAGGACUUAUUUCCAUUGUGGUCCUCAACACAUAACAUCAGGACAAAACAAUUGCAUAUUGUGUAAUGAUCAGUGACAUAACAUACUGUACAAACAUUAACAACUUGCACUUUGUGUAUGAAAUGAUUUAUAAAUAAA